UCAUUUCUUCCUGUAGGAUGAAAUGGCCUUUGGAGAGAGAGACACAGAUUUAUUAUAGAACUAGAUGUUAAUUACCGUAAAAUCCAAAUUAUUUUAUUUGCAUUCUUUUUGUCAGUUGGCAGAGGGUUGAACUAUUUUAAUAGGCACGAUUUUAAGGUACCUUGCAAACCAAACCAUUCCAUGACUCCAUUAUUUCUGUGUUUUUGUUAAACAUAGUUUUAGCACCUGACUAAUGCAUCCCACUGAAUCUCAGCUAUCCAGAGGGUGCUUCUUGGUUUUGACUUUGAAGGCUUGUUUUUAUCCUGUGUUGUUUCUCACAGUGGCACUGAGGUGAGUGAUGGCCAUCAGCUGCUGAUGCCACUGGAUGAACCAGUGUCACAGGCAGCCCAGGAAAACUGGCUGGGAUGCCCACGUGGCUGCACUGGGUGGCCAGGAGGAUGCUGAGAUGUGGCUCCCUGGGUGAGAACUGCACUUGGGGAUGGAGAGCAUCCAGCCUGUAGUUUUUGGCAGCAUUUGUCAGCAACAUCCAUCUCUGUUCUGCUGUGAAACAGCCCAGGAUUUGUCCCAGGGUGGCUUCAGUCAUAAAGCAGCUGGGUCAGAAGGAGGAAAAGUAUCCGUGCGUAUGAAAUAAAACCUCAGCUGCGAGAAUGCCAGUCACUUGAAAUGCCAAGACAAAGUAGUGGUUCUGAUGGUUUUGCCAGUCCAUUUUAAAAGCCAUAUAAGCUGUCCUUUCCCUUGCGAGACUCCACUACAGAGCUAGCGCAGGCAGACCAAACCCCCUCAGCCCAGGCUGCCUGGGCUCAGCACAGGAUGACUUCAGAACCAGCACCAGAUGGGGACCCCGGCAGGAGAGCCCUGAAGAAGCCGUGUCCGUUCAGCAUCGAGGACAUUCUCUCCAGCCCUGUGGAGAAGAGCCCCCAGGUCUUGGUCCCGCUGUGCCUGCGGGGCAUCUUGGACUGCGCACCCAAAGGGCUGUGUGAGCUGGAGACCAUCCCGGCCAGCUCCCUGCAGGAGGAGGAGGAGGAGGAGGAGGAAGAGCUGGAAGGGGCAGGCUGUGGCUGCUGCUGCUGUUCCCACACAAGUGCCCGGUCUCUGCAGGACUCGCCAGGUUGGCUGGACACCCAGCUCCCCUGGCCCAUGAGGCUCUUCCACUCGGCAGUCAGGGUCUGCAAGAGACCCCAGGAGAACUCCAGCGAGCUGCAGACUUUCCACCAGAUCCAGCGCCGGACGCGCCGGCACCGCACCAUCUUCACCGAGGAGCAGCUGCAGGCCCUGGAGACGCUUUUCCACCAGAACCAGUACCCGGACGUCGUCACCCGCGAGCACCUGGCAAGCCGCAUCCACCUGAAGGAGGAGAGGGUAGAGGUUUGGUUUAAAAAUCGUCGGGCGAAGUGGCGGCACCAGAAGAGGGCGAGUGCCUCAGCACUGAUCCUGCAGGGCACCAAGCAGCCUCCCGAGGAGAGCUGUUAGUGCUGUGGGUGCUGUGGGUGCUGCAGCUCAGCAGAGACACACCAAGAGCACCCACUGCCCGUGGCUGACAGGCUCUGCAGGGGGGUGACCCGAGGGGCACUAAUGAAGC